AUCUUUGAGACCGGCUCUGAGGCUCCUCUUUGCUCCAACAGACGGGAGCGACAUUGAGCUGGAUAAAAGUCAAAUUCUUACCUCGCCCUUUCACUGCUGGCAGGAUCAGAUUGCAUUUCUUUCAUUAUUCUUCACUCCCCAGUUUCCUGAUCUAUUUAAAAGAAGAAGUAGAAAAGAUAAAUCCUCUCUUCAAUGCCUGGAAGGGAAAACAAAAUGACCUCAACUCCGCUUUGAAAAAAUCUUUCCAAGAACUUUCUUCAGAGAUUUUACUCAGAUGAUUGACGCAAUGAAGAAAGAACAGAUUUUUUGGGUUUCUGUAUGUCUGCUGCUUAGUUGCGCCUCUGCCCCUCUUAAUGCUGUUCCUGAGGAAGAUGAAGAACAUACAAACAUUACAGAUGCUGAGUUGCCACCAUUGAAACUUGUACAUUCAUUCUGUGCAUUGAAAGCAGAUGAUGGCCCAUGCAAAGCAAUGAUAAAGAGAUUUUUUUUCAAUAUUCACACUCAGCAAUGUGAAGAAUUUAUAUACGGGGGAUGUGAAGGAAAUCAGAAUCGAUUUGAAAGUCUGGAAGAGUGCAAAGAAAAAUGUACAAGAGAUUAUCCAAAGAAAACUAGAAGGACAAAGACAACAUUGCAAAAAGAAAAGCCAGAUUUCUGCUUUUUGGAAGAAGAUGCUGGAAUCUGUCGAGGUUAUAUUACUAGGUAUUUUUAUAACAAUCAAUCAAAGCAGUGUGAACGCUUCAAGUAUGGUGGGUGCCUUGGCAAUCUCAACAACUUUGAAUCACUGGAAGAAUGCAAGGACACCUGUGAGGACACAUUGAAUGAUUUCCAGGUGGAUGAUUAUAGAACCCAGCUUGAUGCUGUGAAUAAUGACUCCUUGACUCCCCAGCCUACCAAGGUACCCAGCUUCUUCGUUACAACAGAAAGAACAAAUGACGGUUGGAAGAAUGCUGACCACAUUUACCAAGUCUUUCUGAACAUCUGCAUUCAUGCAUCCAUAUUCAUUUUAAGAUUAUGUGGCAUUUUAUGCAUAUGUUAAUAAUUGUUUUUUGGUAUUUCUUUAAUAUUUACAUGGUAUAUGUGGUGUCUUCCAUAGGAUACUAUUAAUAAAGUUUUAAUAUUUAUAUGGAGUUAAUAUAUUCCUCUCAAUAUAUCUCUUUGAUAAACAUCUAACUAGCAAAGAAAAACUAAUGUUCUCAAGUGUUCAUAUUGGUAUUGGGCCUUUUGAGUGGACUCGACUCAUUCAUGAAAACAGUGGAUGAUCCUUCUGCUGCUCAUAGCUUCCUUUGCUUCUGUAUAUCAACUCUUAUUAGCUGCCUUGGAACUACAUCAGCUAUAUGAUAUUUCGGAAAGAAAAAUUUUGAAUAGACUUCAGAAGCCUAUUGCCAACCCAGUCUGGUAUUUGCUAUUUAAGAAAAUGAACAUCUGUAUACCUGACCUAGUCCCAUGUUGCUUCCUGGCAGCCUCCAGGUCAUGGGAGAAUAAUUGAAUGGUAUUCUGAAGGCCAUUUGGGUACUUGGAACUCUAUGUCUCUCCUGACUGUAUUCACUGUAUGACCUAGUGGCCAGAUUCCAUAUAAAUGUGAAAAAAAUGGGUAGAAAAGAAAGACACACACACACACACACACAUAUAUACAUACACACACAUCUUUUAAAAAAUUUUGGUUAUCAGCCUUCUGGAAGAGGUGUUAUGCUCAGAAAUUGCCUGAUUGACACCAAAAACCAUUACUGGUAUGGUCAAUUUACAGAUUUGCAAGAGAAUGUUGUCACCUAUUUGGCUUCUUGUUGAAGAUGUGGUUACAUAAAGGAGACUAUUACAACCAUGGAAAUUUUUUGGAAAGAAAAUAACCUCCAUCAACUAAAGAGUUACACACUUAGCUGUAUACCACAGUUAAUCACCACUAAGCAGUGUCAACAAUUCUGGAAAACCCAACUCAUCAACACCCCACUUCCAUAGUCCCAAAGAAAUAUCCUGUUUUUCAUACUGUAUUCUCAAACCAAGAAGCACAGAAACUUCCCUCAUAAUCUAAAUAUUCCUGCAUGGUGAAUCAUGUGCCUUCAAGCUGGCUUUAUAAAAAUUGAUAACAACUUGUGGUAAGGAUUCAUCAGACCUACUAUUUCUUGGCAGGAGAUCUGGUGAGAAACAAAAAUGUAGCACUUCAUCUCUGCCAAGAGUGCUGCCAACUGAAUAUAGUCACUCUAGGUGACCACUGACUACUUUUGCUAAUCCUUUUCUUCCUGGACCAUCUCUGGUUUUAACAAGGAUAAAUUUUUUGCCCCAGUCAUAAGAUUCCUCCAGAGAAGUGUUUCUAAAUAUAUGGAUACCUUUAAAAGAGAAAAUUCACAGACCUCCAUUUUGAAAAUCAAAUUAUUUUGAAUGAUAUUAAUUUUAUAUGAACAAGUAAAAUGGUAGGAAUAAACUUCUUUGGCAUGUGACCAUUACACAACUAUAAAUCAAAACUUAUUCACAAAUGAAUACAAUACAAACUACAAACUAAUAAAUUAAUAAUACUAAUUCAUUGAUUUAUUUGAUGGCACAUGUUUUUUGCUAAAAAGGAAAAAUCCCUAUAAUAUGAUUUUGGUAUGGACUGCUAUAGGACAUGUUAGGAAUGAGAUAGGAAUAGGUUAGAUAACCCUGUGCUACUCUAUGUUGCGUGUAAGUCUUUGCCCUUUUUCUAUUUGAAUGCUGGACAAUCUUUGCAAGAAUGAAUUUGAGAAGCAUUGAUAUAAAAUGUAUAUUUUAGGAAAAUUCCAACUAUCUUUCCUAGGGACACAGCAGAAUGAGGUUUCUAGUUUUCUAUCACAUCUUAAUGCUAUUAAAUGGACCCAACUGGCCAGUGCAAAUAUGAUCAGAGAAGGCAUAGAAUCCUGGAACUUUGGUCUAUUUCUAGAAUCUGCCCAGGUUGAACAUGCCAACUCAAUAAUUCUCACCUUCAAAUGUUUGAGCUCUCUGAAUACUGUUUGGCUCAGGACUGUUACUCCCAAAACUUGUUUUCAGCUUCCUUGUUUGAUGACUGUUUUGAUUAGGUAUUUUUCUCCUGUUCAAACUUGCUAAAUUCCAACUCCACUCACAUAACUGAGGGUAAGAAGCUUCUAAGACAUACUGAAUCUGAGCUUCAAAGAAGAGAGACUUUGAGAAUGAAACAUAAAGGAUAAGUUGUGACAACUUUCAUUUUACCUGAUAAUUAUUAAAAUAUAUUUGCUCAGUUAUUUUUAUUUUCUAGUUAGUUUUCAGAAGACAUAUCAUAGUGGUUAAGAACAUUGGCUUUAUGGGCAGAAAGAUGUGGUUUAAAUUCCAGUUCUGCUAUUGCAGACUCUCUCUGUGGCCUGGAAAAGAAUUACACAACUUUCAGCCUCAGGUUCCUCAUUUGUUAUACGUGAAGAGUAAUAGCUCAUAAAAUUUCGGGGAAGACUGUAAUGACUUAACCCAGUGUUUAGCACAAAUAAGAGCUCAAAGGUAUUAAUAUUUGAAUUUUUCACGAUGGUGGGGUCAAUGAUUAUCCAGUAUCAACAGAGGUUUAAAGCAGGAAAAAAUAAAAUAAUCAGGGGUAUCAUUUGUAUGCACAUUAUCAGUAAUAAUUUUUAAUACAACUGAAAUAUGUAACCUUGAUUUGGA